CUGAAGCUUGCUGUUGUCAUCACGAUUGCAGCCACCGCCGCUGCCUCGUCGGCACUGGCUUUCGUCGAUUCCUCGGCUUCACCAGCUCCGAGAAAGCUCAUCUUUGUUGCCGGGUACACGGGCCUUCCAUGCGACGACACGCCGUGCUGGCCAGAGGACGCGCCUGUGUGCGGCUCCAAUGGCAUCACGUAUGAAAAUGCGUGCGAGCUGGACCUUGCCAAAUGCAACGACUCAGGACUCAACGUCACACAGGUGUCCACCGGCGCGUGCCCCACUCAGUCUGAGUAG